UCACGUUCACAAUGGUAUGAGCCGGUCGCACGCUGACUGGAAACAUGUGGCUGUUUUUGAUAGUGGAGCGGAAUGCCCAGUGUAGCGGCUUGUCAUGCAGAGAAACACGUCCGUUUUUUUGGUAAAUUAAUCAGUGUUACCGUCUGUUAAAUAACGGAAAUUGGGGAGGUUCACGGUUGUUAUCUCGACAAACGAAGCUGGAAGGCCUUUUACGGGCUCUCUGGAGCAGACAGCUGACUGAUCGUGAGCAUGGGGCGGUGCAAGACCUGCGGUGGGACAGACAUCGAUGUGGACCAGGCUCGGGGUGUUGCGGUGUGCAUGGGCUGUGGCUCUGUGCUGGAGGACAACAUCAUCGUCUCUGAGGUCACCUUUGUGGAGAGUGGCGGCGGCGGAUCGUCAGCUGUUGGCCAGUUCGUCGCUGGCGAUGCAUCUGGAAAUGUGCCUUCACUGGGAGGAAAUUUCCAAACUAGUGUCGGGAGAGAGUCCAGAGCUGCCACUCUGCAGAAUGCGAAGCGACAGAUAAAUCACCUUGGUCAUCAGCUUCAGAUGAAUCAGCACUGUCUGGACACUGCCUUCAACUUUUAUAAGAUGGCUCUCUCUAAACAUCUGACCAAAGGACGCAAAUCAACUCAUGUCAUCGCCGCCUGCCUCUACCUCGUCUGCCGAACCGAGGGAACACCUCAUAUGCUGCUUGAUUUGAGUGACCUCUUGCAGGUGAACGUGUACGUUUUGGGAAAAACAUUCCUUGUUUUAGCCAGAGAGCUGUGUAUCAACGCACCAGCUAUCGAUCCAUGUCUUUAUAUCCCACGCUUUGCACAACUGCUGGAAUUUGGAGAGAAGAGCCAUGAGGUUUCUAUGACGGCACUGCGUCUCCUGCAGAGGAUGAAGAGAGACUGGAUGCACACGGGACGAAGACCUUCAGGCCUCUGCGGAGCAGCUCUCCUGGUUGCGGCCCGUAUGCACGAGUUCCGUCGCACAAUUAAAGAAGUGAUUAGUGUGGUGAAAGUCUGCGAGGCCACGCUAAGGAAAAGGUUGUAUGAAUUUGAGGACACGCCCACCAGUGAGCUGACUAUUGAAGAGUUCAUGAAGACUGAUCUGGAGCAGGAGUGCGACCCGCCUUCAUUCACAGCAGGACUCAGGAAGCAAAAGCUAAAACAGAUUGAACAGGAGCUUGCGAAGAAAGUUGAUGAUAUUGAAGGUGAAAUAUGUGGCUAUCAGGAUGAGAUUGAAGUUGAGUUGGAAAGCUGUAGGCCCAAAGCUAGGGGGAUUUAUGCAUCCUGUUCCAGAGAAGAUGAUGUGGUUUCCUUGGCAUCCUCCAGUCACCUUGAUGGAGAAGAUGAUGAACUGAGGGCAGCCGCAUCUCAUCUGUGUGGGGAGAAUGAAGAGCAGGAGCAAGAUGGAGAGAGAGUUUCUCUAACCAAACGGCCCUCGUUAUCAUUAUUGCUUGGAGCGCUGCCCACUUCGGCCAGUUUGGGCCUGUCCGAGUCCAUCACCAAAAUGGGAGAGGAGAAGGAGAACGAUGUGGAGGCAGAAGGCGGUGAGCUAGACCUGAGCGGUAUUGACGAAGAUGAGAUCGAUCGGUAUAUCCUGAAUGACAAAGAAGUUAAGGUGAAGACUGAACUGUGGAUGAUUCAAAACGCAGACUACCUCAAAGAGCAAAAAGAAAAGGAAGAAAGAAUAGCAAAAGAAAAGGAGGAAGGUACAUAUAAAGAGCGGAAGCCUAGAAAGUCAACACGAAGGCGUGAGCCCAUCAAUGCCAACACUGCAGACGAAGCCAUUGAAAAGAUGUUAGAACAGAAACGCAUCUCCACCAAAAUAAACUAUGAUGUUCUGAAAGACUUGAACAAAUCCAGCCCAAAAAGUCCCACUCGCCAGCCUGAAGAAGCUUCAGCUGGAGCCAAAAGAACCCCCGCGGCCCGCCAACGGAAACCCCAACUGACUUCACCCGAUAUUGGCAAAACUGUCAGCAGCUUUGGCAAGAGGUUACAGCCCCUGGUGCGUGCGCAGCCCUCUAAGAAGCUGGCCCUUGAUCAGAUAGGCUCUUCUGUUCCAGUGGCGACUCCUGCUGUCUCAGCUCAGACUGCUGUUGUUGUAGAGAGCGGACCAGUGGCUUAUGAAGAGCAUGCAGAUGAGGAAGAAGAGGAUGAGGAGGAUGAGCACUGUGUCAGUGCCAUGCAGUUAAUGGGCGGCACUAGUGAUUAUGGCUAUGAAUUAGAUGAUGAUGAUGGCUUCUGAAGUCAGGAUGUCUAUAGAAAAGACAAACUGAUGCUUUUCCUGCUGCUUAUGAAAACACAGAUGAAACUACUCCUGCUUAUACUUGCAAGAUGGCUGAGAAAUUCACACACUACAGAGGGAUGCAGAACUAAACAAGAACAACAUGUUUGUGCAUUUCCACAGACACGUGCUCUGAGCUCAUGUGCACUAACUUAUUUAAACUUGCCCAAAGAGAGGAGUACGAGAGUAAAUGGAUGUGUGUGUGGUGAUCGAGAGUGAUGAUAUUCUCUCUGGAGUGUGUAAGUCUGCUUGCUAACUGCAUUACUCUGUGUUUUAGGCAAAUGAUGAUAUAUGAUCCUGCACAUCUAAAGCGAUUAGCCCACAUGAUUCUCAGGCCUUUAUGUGGACAAAUGUGUGCAUGUGCCUUUAACUAUUACAGUAUACAGGCUUGAAGUAGUAUAAAGUGUUAUUCUCUAAACCAAGUGUAAGUUUAUGUGCUCAGUAUUCAGUUUAGAAUGGUUAAAAUCAGAUUAGUUUCUGUAUUAAAUUAGUGCCUUUUUAAUUUGUAUUAUUAUGUUGAGCACUGGUCUGGUGGAUUAUCCUUUUUGUGCUUUUUUGAUUUUAUUUAAUGUUUAAAAGGUACUUUGAGGAUGUAAUUUUUUUAAUUGGUUGUUUUUUCUGGUUUAUUAUGGAGCUGUGGAAAACAAACCAAAGGAAUACUUGAAACACUGUUAAAGUGUCAUUAGCUUGAUCUUAUUGUUAAUGUUAAAUAUUUUGAACAGUUACAAAAUGGAGUAUAUAUAUAUAUAUAUAUAUAUAUUUAGUUUUUCCAUCGAUAUAGGAAAUGUUUACAAUAUUCAACUAUUUUGAAUUGAUGUCAGUGAAAUGGUACGGCUCUGCAAAAGAAUAAGGGAACACUUAAGUAAUGAUUAGUGGAAUUGCUAUUAAUAGGUAUGAGUUUGAGUUGUGUGUCUUUGGGUUUUAAACUACCAAUGAUGUCCAUUUUACUCAAACCGAUUGAUAGCAGAUCCAGAGUAAAUGCUUAUUGAUUAAUGAUCAUAUUAAAUGGUCUUUAUUCAUUUUUCCAGAACUAUAGAUUGAUAGUUUAUUUCUUUAAGGUAGAAUAUAUAUAUUUUUCCAUAUGCUUCAUGUAUUUUUAAGGUUAGCGCACAACCAGUAUUACUGAAGCAAAACCAACCCAUUUAGACUGUGACAAAUAACCCAACCUUUAAAAGUAAAAGUGUGUUAGACAUGGUCCAAAGGUUAUUUGGGAUUAUUUACCUUGAUUUGGACAAUCGGAAUGAAUUUGUUGAAUAUCAAUUUUUUUUUUGUCCGUUUCUUUUCUAUAAUAAUAAUAAUAACAAUAAUAAUAAAUAAAGUCGAUAUGCGAGUCCUUGUGAUAUUAAAACUGGACAUGUUCACAAUUUUAUCAUUUGGAGUUGAACGGUUUGGUCUUGCAACAAUAGUUGUAACAGUAAAACAUAACGCUCUGUUCAUUAAACCUAAGCAGUAUUAAUGGAUGAACGAAUAAAGAGGAAUCAUUAUGCA